AUGCAGCCCCAGCGACGCCGGCGUGAGUCCCUCACGCCCCAGCAGCUGCGUGAGUGGUACGCUGGUUGGGGCUGUAGGGGUGGCGACGCUACUCCUACUACCACUCCUGCUGCUUCUACUCGUGGUGGCGGCCAGAUGCAGCUCCCGCGACCCUCUCCCGUGUCUCUCACGCCUCGCCAGCUUCGUGAGUGGUACGCUCAGAGUGGAGGGUCUCUCAGUGCUGUUCGCUGCUCGUACGUGAUUCGCACUGGUACUCGGACUGGUCAGCCUUGUGGGACACGUAGUCAUACACCGUCCCGCUGCUUCGCCCGUCUGAGCGACGCCUGGCGUACCGUGUUUGGCGACGAGGCUGAGCUUCCCGACUGGGUGGAGUUGCUUAGGCAGAGGGUAGAUAUAUAUGCUCUUGACUAUGAUGCUAUUCUCACUGCCAUGUAUGCAUUGCCUACUAGUACUGACCGUGCCGGUCACCUGUGCGUCCCGCCUGACCCAGGUAUAGGACCUGCUGCUCUAGCUACUGGUGAGGCUGCUGCUCUGGGUGCUAGUGAGUCUCCUGCUCCAGGUACAGGUACGGCUGCUGCUCUAGGUGCUAGUGAGUCUGCUUCCUCAGGUGCGGGUGAGGCUGCGCUCUCAGGUACCGCGUUGGCUUCGGCCUCCCUCACCUUUACACUUGACUCUGGGGCUUCUCGCUCCUUCUUUCGGGACCGCACCACACUCACGCCGCUUGGUCGGCCGGUUGCAGUCUCCCUGGCUGACCCCUCUGGGGGUCCUGUCCUCGCUCACUUCUCCACUGUCCUCCCGUGUCCGGCUGCCCCCUCGGGCACCCUGUCUGGCCUGUACCUCCCCUCGUUCUCGACGAACUUGGUGAGUGGUGCAGACCUACAGGAUGCGGGGGUUCACCAGUUCACUCCUGCGAGUCAGCGGGUGACCCACUGCACGGACGCACGCACAGGCCGGCACCUGGCCACGUUCUCGCGUCGGCCGGGGUCGAGCCUCUACACCCUGACCACUGAGUCUCCUCCUGUCCCCGCGUCCGGUCAGGUAGCAGCGUCGGGUCAGGUGUUUGCUGCUGCGUCCAGGUCUGGUCCUGAGUCUGCCCCCUGUACUUGUCGCCUCCUGUCUCACGAGACUCUCCUGUGGCACCACCGUCUUGGCCACCCCUCCUUGCCCCGUCUUCGGAGCAUGGCUUCCCGUGUCCUUGUCUCUGGUCUUCCCCAGUCUCUCCCUCCUCUCCCCUCCGGGCCAGGACCUUCCUGUGUCCCUUGUGUCGAGGGUCGCCUCCGGGCUACUCCUCACUCCUCCCACUUCCCCCCGACAGAGGCUCCCCUGCAGACGCUUCACAUGGAUGUGUGGGGCCCAGCCCCCGUCCGUGGGCAGGGUUACGAGCGCUACUUCCUGUUGGUGGUUGACGACUACUCGCGUUACACCACAGUCUUCCCCUUGCGCAGCAAGGGUGAGGUCACUGUGGUGCUGAUCGACUGGAUCCGCGAGGCUCGUCUCCAGCUCAGGAAGAGCUUCGGCUCGGACUUUCCUGUUCUGCGUCUGCACUCUGACAGAGGCGGAGACUUCUCUUCCCGCCUUCUGCGAGACUACUGUCGUGCACGGGGGAUCCGCCAGACCUUCACGCUUCCGGACUCACCACAGCAAAAUGGGAUUGCUGAGCGCCGCAUUGGCAUGGUCAUGGAUGUCGCUCGUACGUCCAUGAUGCAUGCGGCUGCCCCCCAUUUUCUGUGGCCGUUUGCGGUGAGGUACGCGGCGCAUCAGCUCAACCUUCACCCCCGGGUCUCUCGGCCUGCGAUGUCCCCAGUCUUGCUGUGGACGGGGAAGGUUGGCGAUGCGUCUGUGUUCCGUGUCUGGGGAUCUCGGGCGUUUGUCCGCGACUUGUCUGCGGACAAGCUGUCCCCUCGUGCUGCUCCCUGUGUCUUCCUUGGCUUCCCCACUGACGCCCCAGGGUGGCAGUUUUACCACCCCUCCUCUCGUCGUGUUCUGUCCUCCCAGGACGUCACGUUCGAUGAGUCAGUCCCCUUCUACCGUCUCUUCCCCUACCGCACUCCUUCCCUCCCCCCUCCCCCGGACUUCCUUGUGCCGGUUCCCCCCCCGGUAGACCCCCUCCCCCCUCAGGUUCCUGCCCCCUCAGGUGUGUCCCAGGUAGACGCCGUUGACCCGGUCGAGGUUACUGGUGACUCUGGUGCUGCUGCGGGUGCUGAGCCUGGGGGUGCUGACUCUGGGGGUACUGUGCGCGGGGGUGCUGAGCCUGGGGGUGCUACUGCUGGGGGUGCUGGGCCUGAGGGUGCUACUGCGGUGGGUGCGGAGCCUGGGGGUGCUGAGCCGGGGGGUGCUGUGCCUGGAGGUACUGGGUCUGGGGGUGCUGGGUCGGGAGCUGCUGAGCCUGGGGGUGCUGAGCUGGGAGCUGCUGAGCCUGGGGGUGCUGCGUCUGGAGCUGCUGAACCUGGGGUUUCUCCUGCUGCUGCGUCUCGCCGGGAGCCCCUCUCUCCACAGGAGCUGCGCGAGUGGUACGCUCGCCGCUGCAGGCGUGCUGCUGAGUCCUGGAGUGCUGUUGGUCCUGCCGCUGGAGGUGUGGGUGGCGCUGGUGCUGUCGCUGAGGGUGCUGGUGCUGUCCCUGCUGCGUCUGGAGCUGCUGAGCCUGGGGUUUCUCCUGCUGCUGCAUCUCGCCGGGAGCCCCUCUCUCCACAGGAGCUGCGCGAGUGGUACGCUCGCCGCUGGAGGCGUGCUGCUGAGUCUGGAGGUGCUGCUGGAGCUGGAGCUGGAGCUUCUUCGACCGUCGAGGGUGCGGGUGCUGCCGGUCCCGGAGCUGCUGGACCUGAGGGUCCUCCUGCAGCUGGAGGUGCUGAGGGCGUUGGUGCUGAGCCUACUGCUGUUGGUCCUGCCGCUGGAGGUGUGGGUGGCGCUGGUGCUGUCGCUGAGGGUGCUGGUGCUGUCCCUGCUAAGUCUGGAGCUGCCGCGCGGCCUCGACCGUACUUCGUUCCGCUCCUACAGCAGGUUCUUGGUCUUUCUCCUUCGGUAGAGUGUCCACAGCCUGUCCAGUCGCAGUCACUGUUGGAGCCUUCCUCUCCUCUGCCUGCUCCCUCUCCUUACACUGGUCCUACUGGAGGUCUUGCUGAGCGUCGUGAGCCUGCGUCUCGUCCCGCGUCGCCUGUUCGUGCUGCUCGCGCUAGUGGUCGCGGUUCGCGUCAGCGUCCUCCUCCUGUCCCUGGCACGCACCGGAUGUCUCUGCGUCCGUCCACUGCUCCUCUGCGUGCCCCUCUGCCUUCUCCUCCUGAGUCCUCUCUUCCUGCGCUUGCCGACCCUGAGUCAGACUCUCUUCGCGCUGCCAGUCCUACUGUCACGCGUCUGCUUGCUACUGUCGUCACUGACCCCUCUUUUGAGUCCACUGCUGCGUCUGCUCUAGUCGCUGAGCUCGUUGACUUUGCUGCUCGCUGUCGUCUCGACUACGCUGCUGGUCUUGUUGCUGAGUCUGCGUCUGUCUGUCCUCCGUCCGUCGGGGGUGAGUGUGCUCUUGGCACGGACGUCCUAGAGGACAGACAGGAGGAGUUACAGUGUCUAGCGGCUGCUUCACCUCAUCUCGCGUCUGUACUACUUGCCCCUGAGGGAGACCCGGAUGCAUUAGACAUCCCGACUCCGCGUUCUUACGCGGAGGCCGUAGAGGGUCCCUACUCCUCUCAGUGGCAGGCAGCUAUGGAUGCAGAGAUGGCUUCCUGGAAGUCCACAGGCACCUACGUUGACGCAGUUCCCCCUCCUGGGGCGAACAUCGUCAGUGGCAUGUGGAUCUUCAGGGUGAAGCGGCCGCCGGGCUCUCCACCUGUCUUCAAGGCGCGGUACGUUGCUCGUGGCUUCAGUCAGCGGCAGGGAGUUGACUACUUUCAGACCUUCUCUCCCACCCCGAAGAUGACCACUCUUCGGGUGCUGCUGCACAUAGCCGCUCAGCGCGACUACGAGCUUCACUCUCUUGACUUCAGCACUGCGUUCCUGCAGGGUAGCCUGCACGAGGAGAUCUGGCUGCGCCGUCCACCUGGCUUCACUGGGACUUUCCCUCCUGGCACCCAGUGGAGCCUCAGACGGCCAGUCUACGGUCUCCGCCAGGCACCGCGUGAGUGGCACGACACACUGAGGACUACGCUUGCGGCUCUUGGGUUUGCUCCUUCUACUGCUGACCCGUCGCUGUUUCUGCGCACCGACACCUCGCUGCCGCCGUUCUACAUCCUCGUGUACGUCGACGACUUGGUCUUUGCCACAGCGGACACUGCUGGACUCGCCUACGUGAAGUCCGAGCUGCUGAAGAGACACACGUGCACAGACCUGGGUGAACUGCGCAGCUACCUUGGCUUGCAGAUCACUCGGGACAGAGCACGCCGCACCAUUACCUUGACUCAGUCACACAUGGUGCAGCAGGUCCUUCAGCGCUUCGGCUUCACGUACUCCUCGCCUCAGGCCACUCCUCUACCUACUCGCCACUCACUCUCAGCUCUGCCUUCGGAUGAGUCCGUAGAGUCGAGUGGUCCGUAUGCAGAGCUUGUUGGCUGCCUCAUGUACCUGAUGACCUGCACACGACCUGACCUUGCAUACCCUCUGAGCAUUCUUGCACGCUAUGUUGCUCCUGGGAGACACAGACCGGAGCACAUGGCUGCAGCGAAGAGGGUAUUGCGCUACCUGUGCAGCACGUCGGGCAUGGGGCUAGUGCUUGGAGGGCGGAGUCCAGUGGUCCUUACCGGCCACGCGGACGCUUCUUGGGCUGACGACCAGACUACGCAGCGGUCGUCACAGGGUUACACCUUCAGCCUUGGUUCCGGCUCUGUCUCGUGGCGGUCUACUCGCUCGUCUUCGGUUCUCGGCUCCAGUUGUGAGGCUGAGAUCUACGCCGGGGCCAUGGCUGCACAGGAGCUUCGCUGGCUCACCUACCUGCUGACUGACCUUGGAGAGCCGCCUCGUUCUCCUCCAGUGCUGUACGUAGACAACAAGGCUAUGCUGGCCUUGUGUCGAGAGCAGCGCUUGGAGCACAGAACGAAGCACAUUGCUCUCCACUACUUCCUUGCUCGUGAGCUGCAGCAGCGUGGUCAGUUGCGACUUGCGUACGUGGCCUCUGAGGCCAACACUGCUGAUGUGUUCACCAAGGCACUCGCGCCUUGUGACCAUCAGCGCUUUUGCACCCAGCUGGGUCUUGUGCCUGUCUUGCCUCACUUGCUCUCCUCUUGA